AUGCGAGUGAUGAUGAGGGUGGUGUAUUCUCCUGGCAGGAGGCUCAUAUUGGUGCUGCACUUCACACUAACAGCCGUCGCUGUCAUCAAUAAUGACACCAAAGAGUCUAACAAGCUGAUCAUCGGCUUCCAGUCUCCCUGGAAUAUGUCCUUCCCCUUCAGUGCCCUGCGGCUGGGCUCGGCCAUACAGAUAGCCGUGGAGAAGGUGAACAACAAUCCCUCCUUCCUGGGGAACUACAGUCUGGACUUUGUGUACACGGACACAGAAUGUAAUCCCAAAGUUUCCCUGGGAGGAUUCAUCCACCAGGUGUGGAGAGAAAAUGUGUCCGCGCUAUUUGGUCCAGCAUGUCCGGAAGAAGCCGAGGUCACCGGUCUCAUUGCAUCCACAUGGAAAAUCCCCAUGUUCGGCUUUGUGGGACAAUCCUCCAAAAUGGACAACAGUGACAUCUACGAUUCAUACAUCAAAGUUGUGCCCCCUCUUAAAAGAAGCUCGGAGGUCCUGGUGAAGACCCUGGAGUUCUUCGGAUGGAGCCACGUGGCGAUGGUCGGAGGGGGGUUAGAAUCGAACACUUGGGACAAAAUAGAUUCUUUGUGGAAAACCGUUGAGAAUCCGCUGAGAGCCAAAUUCAAACUGGCUGCUGCGGUGAAGUUCGACACCAGCAAUCCUCAGCUGAUUUAUCGAAAUAUUAAGUUCAUUUCAACGGUGGCCAGAGUUAUUGUGGUGCUAACAAACUCCAUGGACUCCAUGGCUCUGUUGCUGGAGGCUGAGCGACAGGGUCUGAUGAAUGGUGACUAUGUGUUCUUCCUGGUACAGCAUUUUGAGGAUAACUUGUGGAAAUAUAACCUGAACAGUAGGAUCAACCAAGCUGCCAUCAGAGCUUUUGACAUGACCUUCAUCAUCGGCCAGAAAUCCUACGAAGGCUACGAGUAUUAUGACUUCUUUGAGCAAGUUUUUAAAAGACUAAAAGAACACCCGUUUCAGAGCCACCUGAAAUCUGAAAGAGAGGUUAGCCCGUACGCUGCCUACCUGCAUGAUGCAGUACUGCUUUACGCGAUGGGACUGAAGGAAGUCCUCAAAGAUGGAAAAGACCCUCGUGACGGACAGCAGCUGCUGCAGAUUAAAAAUAAAAACAACAUUCGAUUUUAUGGCGCCUCUGGUCUAGUCCACUUUGACAACGACGGGGAGAGAAAUUUGGACUAUUCCAUUUAUGACCUGCAGCAUGUAGGAGACGUCACCAAGUUCGUCCCCAUCCUCCAAUUCGACAGUCAGACCAAAGCUGUUCGGCCAACGCCUAUGUUUGCUUCUGUGGUCUGGCCGAAGGCAAGACCUCCUUCUGAUAAACCAGAAUGUGGUUUCAACAAUGAACUCUGUGAAUGGCUCGUUAAUGACAUCACCCUGCUGGCUCUGCUCGUGACCCUCCCGCUCAUCGGUGUGAUGGCAGUUCUGUGCAUCGGAGUCCUCCUUCUGCAGAAGUUCCGUCUGCAGACGAGGCUCGGCGACUCCUGCUGGUGGCUGAUCAACUACAGCGACAUCACCAUCGUCAGGGAGAACUCAGGAGUUCAGGGUCUAUCUGUGAGCACCACAGCCAGUCAGAGUAGGGACAGCAGCUCUCCGUCUAAUUUUUCCAACACCAGCUACCACAUGAGGAAGAAGCCAGCGAGAGAACACGUCUACACCACUAUCGGUCUCUACCAGGGAAAUGAAGUGGCCAUCAAGUAUCUCAAGAACUACAUUAGCACUCAAAUCCAGAAACCUUCAAUUAUCGCAGAGUUCAAUGUGAUGAAAGAGAUGAAACAUGAGAACUUGGUUCAGUUCUUUGGUGUUUGUAUUGAUCCUCCAAAUGUCUGUUUGGUCAUCCAGUACUGCAGGAAAGGCAGUCUGAAGGAUGCUCUGAAGUCAGAUGUUGAGCUGGACACAAUGUUUAAGCUGUCCUUUGCUUAUGACAUUGUUAAUGGAAUGGAGUUCAUUCACAAAAGUAACCUGAAAUUUCACGGGAACCUGAAGCCCAGCACAUGUCUGGUGGACAGUCGACUCCAGAUAAAACUCUCUGGCUUUGGCCUGUGGGAGUUUAAAUAUGGGAGCAAUAAGAAGGUGGUCCCACUGGAGAACCCCGAACGUGAAGAGAUUUACUGGACAGCCCCCGAGCUUCUGAGACAAUUCGGUCUCCAGAUCAACGGGACUCCCAAAGCGGACAUCUACAGCUUUGCCAUCAUCUUCUGGGAGCUCAUGUACAACGCUAAGUCUGGCCCGUAUCAAGAAAUCAACCUGGAGCCCAAAGAGAUUAUUAUGCAGCUGCGGACACCUUUCCAAAGGGAACCCCUCCGACCAGCACUGUGUGAGGGGCUGUGUGAUGAGAACAUCAACUUCCUGCUGAAGGCCUGCUGGAAUGAAAACCCUGAUCACCGACCGCCGUUUGUGUCUAUACGGAGACAGCUGAGGGACAUCAGCCCGGACAGUCAUGCAAAUAUACUGGAUAAUAUGGUGGAAAAGUUGGAGAAAUAUGCAAAUCACUUGGAGGAGGUGGUGGAGGAGAGGACCAAUCAGCUCACAGCAGAGAAGACCCGUGCAGACAAUCUUCUCUCCAGCAUGUUACCAAGGUACAUCGCAGAUCAGCUGAUGGCAGGGAAGUCAGUGGAGCCGCAAAGCUACAACAUGGUGACCAUCUUCUUCUCUGACAUUGUGGGCUUCACGUCCAUGUGCUCUGUCAGCUCUGCGAUGGAGGUGGUGAAGUUCCUCAAUGACCUCUACAGCCUCUUUGACGAUGUCAUCAAGAUGUACGAUGUCUAUAAAGUGGAAACAAUUGGUGAUGCAUACAUGGUAGCCAGUGGUCUACCCAUCAGCAAUGGCUAUCAGCAUGCUUUGGAGAUAUCUACAAUGGCUCUGCAUUUCCUGAGUGCCAUCAAGAUCUUCAGAAUCCAACAUAUGCCGACUGAGAGUCUUGCAAUCCGCAUCGGGAUACAUUCUGGUCCAGUGGUUGCUGGAGUGGUAGGCACCACGAUGCCUCGCUACUGUCUCUUUGGUGACACGGUGAACACAGCCUCUCGCAUGGAGAGCAACAGCUUACCCCUGAAGAUUCACAUAUCUCAGUGCACCGCUGACAUUCUGGUGCAGGCGGGAUCGUUUGAGCUGGAGGAAAGAGGGGAAGUCGAGAUGAAGGGUAAAGGAUCUCAUAAGACCUACUGGCUGCUGAGCAAACAGGGAUUUAAUCCUUUUAUUGCUCACAGCUCUCCACCAGCUGACAAUCUCAAACUACAAACAGAGAAACUAGGAAUGGUCAGAGUUGCAUGAGAAAAUUGCCCAGAAAACCCUGAACAAAGCUAAGAUGGCUAAAGUGGAGAUUUAAGGAACAACUGGACUUUCUGACUGGAUUUUGG